AGAAACCUCUACCUACCUAUUAUCGUCCUUGAACCACACCAUAUUUUUAAACUUCCAAAUCUCAAAUAUACCUGGAUCAUACUUCGAAAAUGCCAGUAUUAGCUGUCCAGGGCUUCAGGAUGCUGCGUAACGACCUGAGCAAAUUCCUUGUGCGCAAUGGGCUGUCAAACGUUUGGGACACAGAUGCAGAACCUCUGGUAGCGAAUGAUGAUGGGGUUUCUGCAGAGGAAGAAGAGGAGAUUAUAACAGUAUUCAGACAAAAGGGUAUAGACUGCAAUCUUAAAAUUGUACUACCCUGGCCUAACGUCGACUGGGAUUUUGACCCUUCGAUAUGGGUCUUUGUUUGCUUUUACUGGGUCUACCUUCUUUCUAAUAAGAGGAUUGAUAACGAACUGGACGAGCCAGUCCCUGCGUCUUUUAUGCAUCUCCGUCAGAUGCUCCAGGUCCAAUCGCCUAUCUGCCAGUACCUCUUGAAUACCAAUAAACCAACAACUUGGAAGUUUGAAGGGCUAGCUAAGGAGCUAAAUAAGAUUCCGGUUACUUGCGAUAAGUGCGAUCUAAUAUUUACUACCGACGACAACCCUGGAGAUUCUCCGCGCCAAGCAAGGUAUCAGCACCGGGCUAAACUCCACGGCAGAGGGGGAUGUUGGCCACUUCCUGACAACUUUUGAAGGAGGCUGUUACAUUCAUUACUUGUGAAGGCAUCGCCAACCCUUCCCUAGUGUAUCGGACUUGGGCCAUCUUUCAUUCAGGAGUUACAUCAUGAGUUUCACUUGUAUUUUAGUACUGGAACUGAUAGCUGGAGAGAGGAGAUCUCUUCCCUCUGAUAAGAAUCAGUCUCUGACUGAAUAAGGAUA